GGAGCAGAAACACCCUUCCUCUAUGGUCAGAAAGUGGAAGUUAGUCGAUCAGCGGUCAUGAAUCUCACUGAUUGUCAGUACCGUUUUAAACUGAUCAUGAUAGGUGGAGAUUGUGCUGGAAAGUCAUGCAUGCUGCAUCGCUACACAAAGGGCCAGUUUCCAGAAAGUGUAGAUGUGACCAUUGGAAUGAGCUUCCGCAAUCACAUCCUAGAGGUGGAGCCUGGGGUGAGAGUGGCUCUACACAUUUAUGAUACAGCCGGUCAUGAAUCCUUCUGGCAGGCUAUCAGCUGUUGCUUCCCUCAGUCUGCUGGAUGUCUACUGGUGUUUGAUCUGGGCAAUAACAAGUCUUUCAAUUACAUCAAGCAUCGAUACACAGAGGUGUGCAAGGCUGUCCGUCCAUACAGUGUUUUGUUUGUGCUGGUGGGACACAAGUGUGACAGAGAAGAGCGAGAAGUGAGUCAAGAAGAGGUGGAAGAGUUUGCAAGUGAAGUUGGAGCUCCGUACAUCGAGACCUCUGCUAAAACAGGUCAUAAUGUGGCAGAAGCUUUUGAGCUGUUGACCCACCGCAUUUAUCAAGGCUUAAUAAGUGGACAAGUGCAUUUGCAUGAAAGCUGGGGAAAGAUCGAGAACAAAAGCAACAAAUGCUGUGCCUCAUGAAAGAAGCAUGGCUAUAUUUUUUGAUUGCACAUAAAAGUAGCCGUGCAUUGAGAAAAAUUAAAAAUAAAUUAAAGAAAUAAAUCACAUUUCAUAAGAUGACAGUG